UCAUCCUUUUCGGACAAGGACACUCUUCGUUUCUCACUCUCCGUUUCACUCUCUUCAUUCCUGUUUUAUAUAUCUUCUCUGUACAACAGGACUGUUUCUAUUUUGUUUCUCUUCCUUGUACAACGAGAGUGUGUCAUGGCUACUCUGUCUGAAAUCGUCGAGGAAGAACUUGGACCAUCACUAAGAAGCAAACUUUCAAGAACAAGUGAAACCAGUCUCGCUUCUGUAGCAUCGUUAUCCAAGCCACUCAUUCAGGAGAUUGUUCUAUCAGCAGAUAUCAGAUGUAGUGACUGCCAAGAGAAAGUCGCGGACAUAAUGUCGAGGAUGAUCGAAACGUACUCAAUAUUGGUGAGUGUGCUGGAGAAGAAAGUGACACUGACAUGUACUUAUUGCGGUGACCGGAGAGUCUCCAAAUCAUAUGGUGAAGCUCUUCUCUGCAAAAUCUCAACCAUCAAGCGUUUGAUAUGUCCUUCCAGAAAAUGAGGAAACAACAACUCAGUGGUGCUAAAUUUUGCUUUUGUUAUGAUCCUCUUUGCAAUAAAAUGAAUCUUGUAAGUCGAAUAUCAUUGGAUAUUGUUUAGAUAAACAAAACAAAAAACUCUCUCAA